AUGGAACAUCAUCAUCAUCAUAAUCAUAUAAAUCAAAAUAUACAUGAUAAUAAUGCUACUGACCAUUCCGGACAUGCUCAUAGUGGUCAUUCUAUGUCAUUUCAUUUUGGUUACAACGAAAUUGUACUGUUCGAAUUUUGGGUUAUCGAUAGUUUUAUUGGAAUGACAAUUACUUGUGCAAUUACUAUUCUUCUAUGCUUUAUAAUGGAAGGCAUUCGAUGGUUUCGAGGAGUCCGACCGCCUUAUAAUGUGGAUUUGCACACGGAGCAAUCAUCUGUUGCAAAUAUUAAAUUUGCUCCACACAUCACGUCAGCCAUUUGCACAGAUGCCUUUCUUCAUGCUAUUCAGCUAACACUUAGUUACAUUCUUAUGCUAUUAUUUAUGACUUUUAACACAUGGAUUUGUAUAGCGACUGUUGUAGGUGAAGUAUUUGCUAGGCUUACAUUUGCUGUUGUAUUCAGUGAAAAUCCAAUAAACAAAAAUAAUAAAGUGGACGUGGGAUGUUGUAAUUAA